AGAUGCCCUCCUCCAUGCCCAUCACCCACUUUCCCGUCUGCCCCCCCCCCCCCGCCCCAUCAACCGUCAGUUUGUUCUCAGUAUUUCAGAGUCACUUAGGGUUUGCCUCCUUCCCUCUCGUAACUUUUUUUUUUUUUUUUAACGGCUUCAAGACACUCAGCGCGCAGGCGCCCCGGACCUCGGGCACGGAUGGAACCUUGAACGCGGGGCCCCGCCCACCACCCCUCCCUCGCCUUCGUGACCACGCCCCUUCUCGUAACGGAUUCCAACCCCCACCUCCCGAGUAACGGACCUCAUUCCAGCCGCAUCUCGGAGACUGCCGCCGGGCCUGCCUGGUCGGCUACUCUGAAAAAGCGCCGGAGACCCGCCGCCACCGCCUUCCGCCUCGCCGCCCUCGUUUCUGAGCCGCCUUCGCCUUCGCCUUGGUGCCAGCGCCGCCAGCCAUGGCCACCGCGCCGUCCUCUCAAGUGCGCCAGAACUACCACCCCGAAUGCGAGGCCGCCAUCAACAGCCAGAUCAACCUGGAGCUCUACGCCUCCUACGUGUACCUGUCGAUGGCCUUCUAUUUCGACCGCGCCGACGUGGCCCUGGAGAAUUUCUCCAAGUUCUUCCUGCGCCAGUUCCACGAGGAGAAGGAGCGUGUCGAGAAGCUGAUGCAGCUGCAGAACCAGCGUGGGGGCCGCAUCCGCCUCCACAACAUCAUGAAGCCUGACCGCGACAACUGGGAGAGCGGCCUGAAGGCCAUGGAGUGCGCCUUUCACCUGGGGAAGGCCGUGAACCAGAGCCUGCUCGACCUGCACCAGCUGGCCACCGACAAGAACGACGCCCAUCUGUGCAGCUUCCUGGAGACCAACUACCUGCACGAGCAAGUCCUGGCCAUCAAAGAGCUGGGGGGCUACAUCACCAGCCUGCGCAAGAUGGGGGCCCCGGAAGCCGGCAUGGCAGAGUACCUCUUUGACAAGCUCACCCUGGGCAACAGCGACAAGAACUGAGUUGGGACUGCCUUCCCAUAGCCACAGGGUGCAUGGUGACUUCCCCUGGUCACCAUGCCAGGCAUGCAUUUUGCAGUAUUGCGCUUGCAAAACGUUCCAGUUUCUUCUUCCAGUUUUCCAUAAAUAAAUAAAGUUAUUUUGUUUCAAUAAAGUUAUUUGG